GCCUUGUGGUCGAGAACCUUGAUCGACUGUGCCGUGUUUGAUAGAGAACGCCUGGCUUCAUGAGCUGUAUGCUCAUGACACCAAGAGAGAGAUGGAACCGCUGUCACUGCCGCUACGAGUUUGUCGGGGUAUACUGAGGGAAUUACGUUACCUCCAAGGGCCAAGUUACAAACAGUCAUUGGCCUACAACUAUGUUAUGGACCAGUUUCGAAAAAAUAAGGUAACAGGAGAGAGGUACUGCCGUGCCCAGCAGGAGGCACACCAUGCCUCACACACGUACCUGUGUUAUUUGGCAUCUACCAGGAACUACCUGGCCCUGCAUAACCUUUACCAUGGCAAGGGAGAGCGCAGUGCAGAAGAAGUGGCCGGCCUAGUGGGGCUCAGGCUGCCCACGCAGCCAGGGGGUAAAGGCUGGGAGAAAUGAGGGCAUGGGAAGAAAACUGUGAAGUUCCUCAGAAAUAUUGUGUGUGAAUGAUUCAUCUGCCUCAUGGAAAGUCGACUCCAAAGGGAUGGAUUUGUGACUGUAGUCCACUAGACUGGAGAUUGCAUCAUCAUGGACUGCUAUGAAGGAGCUUGAAUUUGUCCUCGUGUUCGAGGGAAUGGCAUAUGAUAGUCUAAUCUGAGUGUGAAGCCACUGUGAAAACAAACUGGGAUUAAUAAUCUGUGUACGAGUAUGCUAAAGGUUAUGUUUGUGUUUCUAAGUGUAAAAGCAAACGGACUAAGUGCUUUCUCGUGGAUUCACUUAAGGAACCAGGUAAAAGUAAAUAAUGCAUCACAAAUUAGCUGCAGCGUACAAUGGCUUCAAAAGUUGUUCAGACCGCUUCAUGUUUUGCACUGUUUAGAUAUCAUUUGGAUAAAAUCUGUCUACACUUAACAUAUUAAGUGAAAAUAUGUUUUCCAUUUUCUGCAGAUUUAUUAAAAAUCAAACAUCUCUCACUACUAAUCUUUGUGUUCCAUU